AUAGCCAUGUCAUGACAUGAGGGAUUUUUUGUGAGAUCUUCUUCCCUUAUAAAAAGUCCACAACCUAGCAUCACCAUAGAUUACUCAGACUAUCUCACACACACUCUUUAAUUUCUCUCUUCAUCUCUUUUGCUUCUAUUUUUCAGAUAUGGAAGAUUCAGAGGAAGAGGAGCUUCUGAAUCUGAGCCUCUCAGUUCCUGCUGAUAGAGAGAGAAAGAGGAAAGGAAAAACAACAAGGGAAAGUGGUGUUUGUGUGAGUGUUACAAGAAACACCUACGAAGGCUGUGAAGGGAAAAUCUUCAGGCUUCUCCAAAUGAGAGAGCAAAUGCUGAGACAAGAUCAAAGGAGAAAAGAUGAGAAUAAUGGUCUUCCCUUAAUCCACUUGCUUCUCACAACAGCUACUUCAGUUGAUGAAACCAACUUGGAUGCCUCUUUGGAGAAUCUCACAGAUUUGUACCAAACAGUUUCCCUAACAGGUGACUCAGUUCAAAGAGUGGUGGCCUAUUUUGCAGAUGGCUUAGUUGCAAAGCUCCUCACAAAAAAAUCUCCAUUCUAUGACAUGGUGAUGGAGGAGCCAACAAGUGAUGAAGAGUUCUUAGCCUUCACAGAUCUCUACAGAGUCUCACCUUACUACCAGUUUGCUCACUUCACAGCAAACCAAGCCAUCUUAGAAGCCUUUGAGAAAGAAGAACAGAAAAACAACAAAUCCCUUCAUGUCAUUGACUUUGAUGUCUCCUAUGGCUUCCAAUGGCCUUCACUCAUCCAAUCCCUCUCAGAAAAAGCCACAAGCAACAACAGAAUCUCACUCAGGAUCACAGGGUUUGGAAAAAACAUGAAGGAGCUUCAAGAAACUGAAUCAAGACUAGUUAGCUUCUCAAAAGGGUUUCACAACCUUGUUUUCGAGUUCCAAGGCUUGUUGAGAGGGUCAAGGGUGAUUAACUUGAGGAAGAAAAAGAAUGAAACUGUGGCGGUUAACUUGGUUUCUUAUCUAAACACUUUGAGCUGUUUCAUGAAGGUUUCUGACACAUUGGGAUUUGUUCAUUCCCUUAACCCUUCCAUUGUUGUGCUUGUGGAGCAAGAAGGUGGGAGGUGUUCUAGAACAUUCUUGUCAAGGUUCACUGAUUCUCUUCACUACUUUGCAGCCAUGUUUGAUUCUUUGGAUGAUUGUCUUCCAUUGGAGAGUGCUGAGAGGUUGAGGAUUGAGAAGAAGCUUCUUGGGAAAGAGAUCAAGAGCAUGCUCAACUAUGAUGUUGAUGGUGUUGGGGAUUGUCCAAAAUAUGAGAGGAUGGAGACAUGGAAGUUGAGAAUGGAGAAUCAUGGGUUUGGUGGAAUGAAAAUAAGCUCAAAGUCUAUGAUUCAAGCCAAAUUGCUUUUGAAGAUGAGGACUAAUUAUUGUCCACUACAGUUUGAGGAAGAUGGAGGUGGUGGUGGGGGUUUCAGGGUUUCUGAAAGAGAUGAAGGAAGGGCUAUCUCAUUAGGGUGGCAAAAUAGGUUUCUACUUACAGUAUCAGCAUGGCAACCACUCUGAUAGAGUGUGUCUUCUAACCCUUUUUCAUCAUUUUGGUAAUAAUCUGCUCUCAAAAUGAUGAAUGAUUACCUAAUAUUUUGAUCUGUUUUCUUUUGCUAGCUAGCUAUGAUAUUUUAUUUAUGAUGUCUUGGAAGCUUUCCUUAGAUGGUAGCUAUUAUUGUUCAAGUAAGGAUUCAGGUAUAUAAAUAUAUGAAGCAUAUAUAUCAUAUAUU